AUGUUGAUCUUCAAGGAUGCAUUCACAGAUGACGAGCUUGCGUCGGACUCGUUCCCAAUGAAGUUAGUAGAUGGAUUGAUUUGGGAGUUCAAAGGACGGCAAGUAGUAAGGAGAGAAGGAGAAAUUCAGCUUGCUGGUGCAAAUCCUUCAGCUGAAGGUGAAGAUGGUGAUGAAGGUAGCGAAGAAUGUGUUGAACGGGGUAUCGAUUUUGUGCUCAACCAUCGGCUACAAGAAAUGAAUUGUUAUGAGGAUUUGGCUACCUUCAAGUCGUACUGCAAAUCAUUUAUGAAAAAAGUAGUUGAACUAAUGCAAAAAAAUGGCAAAUCGGAAGCAGAAAUUAGCGAGUUUAAGCGGAAGAUUCAAGCUUGGGUUGUAUCACUUCUGAGCAAGGACCGAUUUAAACAGUUGCAGUUCUUCAUCGGUGAGCGUAUGGCCGAAGGUCAAGGUGAGGGACAAGUAGCUGUAGUAGAAUAUCGAGAUGAAGAAGAUGGUGAGGUGCCCUAUUUGAUGCUUGUGAAGGAGGCACUCAUUGAAGAAAAACAAUGA